UAGUGUAAAUAUAAACCUCCUGGUGAUUAAUUCGUCACUAAUGUUAGUUCAGAGCGUACCUGCUUUUAAGUUGAAGGAGUUACUUUGUCUGGAAGCUUCACGCUAACAAACUUUCCUAGAUUCCCCGGAGCCUGUACUUGGUUCAAAAAAUGGAGGAAAUUGAAAGGGAAGGAAGAAGUGAAAUCAGUUCGGUUCGUUUAACAGUAUGUGAGCAGCAGAACACGUGCAGAAAAGAUGAGACUGAUAUUGACAAGAAGCUGGACAUUAGUUCGGAUCAGUUUGAUCCGCUACUUGCCUUGUAUUCCUCAGAAGUUUCUCUGCCUUAUCCUAACGUCAAGUGUUUUAACAACCUCGCGGAGUAUGAAAGCUUCAUGAAAGGCGGUCGUGGAAGAGCGAAACCUGAUAAUAUGGAGAAAAAGAUCCGAAAAACGAGAAGGGGAGUAAUGGAUCCGGAGAGAAUAGAGAGGCUGAAAAAACUCAUGGUGAAAAAUCCGUGUGAAGAAGGAGAGGAGAGCGGAGAGAAGCGACCUGCUGCUGCAGUAAAACACAAAGUGCCAAAAAAUGUUCUCACCAGGAUGCCGUUGCAUGAGGGUAGCCCUUUAGGAGAACUGAACCGCUGCGUCCAAUACCGACUCCGAGUCAAAGUCCACAUUCGCUCCUUUAAGGGUUUGCGCGGAGUGUGUACCGGCUUCGUGGUGGCUUUCGACAAAUUCUGGAACCUGGCCAUGGUGGAUGUGGACGAAACCUACAGGGAGCUUUUACUUGGGGAUGCGUUCAACCAUGAAAAAGCACUGACUGUUACAAGGCUGUUUCGGAAGUUACAAGUUCAGCCUGCAUCUGAGAAAGCAGCAGUGGUUGAGAUGUCAAAAGCAGACGAGUCGAGUGCUAAGCCACACCCUGCCACCACAAGCAGCAUCUGGAGGGUUCAAGCAGCAGAGAGCCUGAUGCAGUCUGUGAAAGACCUGGCAGUGAGCAGCACAGAUGUGUCUCAUAUAUCUGACACUGGUUCAGAGCAGAGACCAAAGGUGUCUAAGCCAAGGGUGCAGCAUGGACGAGUGCGUACUCGUCACGUCAAUCAGCUCUUUAUACGGGGAGAAAAUGUUCUCCUUGUGAAUAUUCAGCAAGAGUAGCAGCAGUGGUUGAUACAGUCCCAGUUCCAAGAGCAUGUUAAAGGCAGGUGCAAGUAGGAUUAUAUUCAUAUCAAUAUGAUGCAAUGUUAUUGCAUCAUAUUGAUAUGAAUAUAAUCCUACUUGUAGAAGUGGAGAAAAUAUAAAUAAACCAAACUCGUACGUCUGUUCAAUGAUUUCUUUGGGUACUUCUCAUGUAAGGAUGCUCUAGAUAUGUCCUCUAGGUGGUGAUGAUGGACCAAUAUGCCCAGCUCCUGCAGCUGUUAAGAUGAAAACUGUUUGACACUAAUGCUGUUAGUUCAUUACAUCUAACGUGCAAAAAGACAGACAACUCUAAUACUUCAUUAAUGUCUACCUCAGUUAUGUUCUAGAUACUUUUUUUGGGGGAAAAAAAAAGUGACAGUCCCAUGAGUACCCAUUUUAUUUCCAUUUCAAACUAACAUAAUUGUGAAAGAAAUGUCCUAUGUCGUCAGUUUGAAAUGACACACCAGUCUCAGUGAAGUCCAUACAGCACCAUGUGAAUAAUUUGAGCUUUUAAAAUUGGAAAUUGAACAUGGCACUCAGAGGCUGUUACUGUCCUGACAUUUCUGAUUGUGAUUAUGCAGACAUAAAUAGCCAUAAAUACACUACUUACUGCAUCCCACAGAACUUUUAAAAAACCAUUUCCCCUUGACUUCAGAUUUUAAUCUAAAUGUGUCCUGGCAAAUAUUGCAAAUACACACGUGUAAAGUGCAUUUUAGACUACCAGGGAAGCCAUUAGUGCCUUAAAGUAAGACCAAUCAUGAAGUGAUUGAAAGAUUACCAUUUCUGUAUUCCACCCCCCCCCCCCCAGGUUGAUGAAAUUGUAAUAUUUUCCACAUUGUUUGUACAUUUGGAUCACAAAAGAGCUCACAGAUGUACAGAUUUUUCAGAUUAAACCCUAGCAUGGGUACUUACCUAGAAUUUCUAUAAAAUCAGGUUUUACAGCAAAUUUCCCUGGACAUUUUCUUACACCAGAUGUUUGUACAUAACUCGUCUCAUCUCCUUCCGCUUUAUCCGGGACCGGGUCGCGGAGGCAGCAGUCUAAGCAUGGAAGCCCAAACUUCCCUCUCCCCAGACACCUCGGUCAGCUCCUCGGGAAGAACACCGAGGCGUUCCCAGGCCAGCCGAGAGACAUAGUCCCUCCAGCGUGUCCUGGGUCUUCCCCGGGGGACAUGCCUGGAACACCUCCCCAGGGAGGCAUCCGAAAAAGAUGCCCGAGCCACCUCAGCUGGUUCCUCUCGAUGUGGAGGAGCAGCGGCUCUACUCCGAGCUCCUCCCGAGUGACUGUGCUUCUCACCCUAUCUCUGAGGGAGCGCCCAGCCACCCUGCGAAGGAAACUCAUUUCGGCCGCUUGUAUCCGCGAUCUUGUUCUUUCGGUCAUUACCCAAAGCUCAUGACCAUAGGUGAGAGUCGUCCAUGCAGUGAUCAUUCUGAACCCUCUAAUUAAAUGGUCCAUGUUUGUACAUAACAUGGACCAUUUAAUUAGAGGGUUCAGAAUGAUCACUGCAUGCUCCAACUGUAAAGGAUUAAAAUGAACCUAGUGAGCAUUACCAUCCUGGGUGUCACAAAGCUUCUAUGUAAACUGUUCCAUCUCUCCUUAGCCUGUCUGCCCAGCCAUAUUACAUCUCAUCUCAUUAUCUCUAGCCGCUUUAUCCUUCUACAGGGUCGCAGGCAAGCUGGAGCCUAUCCCAGCUGACUACGGGCGAAAGGCGGGGUACACCCUGGACAUGUCGCCAGGUCAUCACAGGGCUGACACAUAGACACAGACAACCAUUCACACUCACAUUCACACCUACGGUCAAUUUAGAUUCACCAGUUAACCUAACCUGCAUGUCUUUGGACUGUGGGGGAAACCGGAGCACCUGGAGGAAACCCACGCAGACAUGGGGAGAACAUGCAAACUCCACACAGAAAGGCCCUUGCCGGCCCCGGGGCUCGAACCUUCUUGCUGUGAGGCGACAGCGCUAACCACUACACCACCGUGCCGCCCCCAUAUUACAACUGCUUAUUCCUAAACUGCUCUGUUUUGCGUAUACACUAUUAAUGAUCUGGCCAGUUAGCCCUGACUGUGGGAACACAUGUGGCCAGAUUGAGUCUCUCCUGUAGUGGCACUCACUUACCACAAGUCAAAGUUGUGCACAGCAUCUUCAGUACUUAUUCAUAUUACAGCUAUGUCUCAAUUUCAGUGCAUUUUAUAACUCCUAUAAAAAGUUGCGACAGAGAAAGACAUGAUGCAAAAGAUAAGGACAAAUUAAAAUAUACUGUAUUUUGUCAGUUGCCAAGUGAUAGAACCCCUCUGGUCAUCUCAUACCACUGAAUGAUUUUACCUUUGCCAGCAAAUGUAAUAAUAAAUAAAUGGAAUUAUAGCUG